AUGCCGAAUUCUAAACUUCCCGUCAAUAGCUGGCUCGGUUACACCUUUGACCUGUCCACUACAACUACAAUGGACAUUACCACUGCAACUCACGCCGUCCUGAAAAUUCGCCGAAUCAUCGACUACAAACCCGACACAGUCCUCGGUACGUUUGAGACCGACGGGCAAGUAUAUGAUGUGCCCACGGCCGUGUCUAUCACAACCGAUGUACUUAGCCCUCAAGGCGGUUUCCGCCACUACUCCACGGGCACUGAUGCGACCACCGAUUUCAGGAAGGACACUAGUCUCAGCAUGCGUUACCUCGCAGUCCAGUCCAGCCCCUCUUGCUCAGCGAGGUCACUGACCAAGGAAAAUCAGUACGCGUUUUACAGUUUUACCAAGAUUAUGUAUGGCGCAUAUCUCAAGAACUAUGGGGAUCUUUUAGACGAGAGAGCUCUCCUGGAGGGCGUCGCCGACUUGCCCAUUCCUUUCAGUGGCACUGAUCCAGAUAUCCUGAAACAAUACAAGGUCUUUUUUCAGGGAUACGGGUCACAUGUGAUCAUUGGUGGAAACUACGGAGCGCGCUUCCAGAUGAACGUGUGGGCUUCUAAUAAGACUGAUGCUGUGAACGAGAAAUUUGGAGGUGAUGUCGUGGCUGCGUUCGAUGGCAUACCAUACGGUGGAAAGUACGACCACUCCCUGCCCAACGAACCGCAGUACAAGACCUUCUUGGAGUAUAUGCAAAAGCUGGUCUCUGUCUCUGGCGGCGACCCCAAGUAUGCGCUCGCUGUAGCCGCAAACCCCUCGUGCUAUGCUACUUACGAGUCCUGGUUGAAGAGCGUGACGAAUACACCGCGCUCCACAGUUCUGAACCUCCAGACGGAGGAGAUAUGGGUUUUGAUGAGGCGUUCUACCGAUAUGCUGCUGAAAUACUUUGCGGACCAGCUGGAAGCUGCGUUCACAUACAUUCUCGCGCACCCCAAACACCACAAAACGGCCGUUGUUUUCGAGAUCGAGAGCAAUUGGGCUGAGUUUAAUUUGCUCACACCAAAUGCGACUGUCGGUCCCGAUCCAAAACAUCUGUACCCAUUCGGCACCAUAGCCUCGAACACCCGUGUGAAGUGGAGUCAUAAUUAUGCAGCCAGGCGGACUCUCAGGUUUUUCAUCAUCAAUGACGGAUCCCCGAUCGAUUUCUCCAUCUCUCACGGCAGCGGAGGACAUAAGGGAAUGGCGCAGGCCACGAUUGAGAAUCGUCAUUAUCUUAAUGACGAUAUCACGGGUAACACGCACUGGUUCUACCGAGCGCCUGUUUCUGGAAUUCCUGAAAAGGAUUUUUGAACGAUACGCCAACGGGCUUGGGUAGAUAUGCACUGUUACUUUGAAGAGGUCAGCAAGCGCUGUUGAAGUGAUGCAACAUGCAUGUUGGUUGUAUUACAUCUGUUGAUAUCA